UUGGUCGGCCGAUCCGCGCUACUAGGAAUUGGCCGACGCAUGCGCACAAAGCGAUCGAAUACUUUCGUCGGAGGGAGCGUUUGAACGUCGGCGUAGAAACUAAGCUAUAUUUCCGUUUGCUUUCAUCCUGGACUAUCGCAUUUAGUUGCAUAAUUUGGUGCUCCAUUAACGUUCGUUAGUUCGCCGUAACUUCUGAAAACAUUCUACUUCCCAUUUUAAACGCGGAUGAUCGUUUAUCGCGUAUAAAAUCGAUUUUACGAAAAUUCUACACAAUGAUUAUAUAAUCGAUAUUCUAACAAACAAUUGCAAACAUUUUCGAAAUCGACGAACGAUCGAACGAGCUAUUUUUACGAUAGUUCUGAUAGAAAUCUGUUCUCGAAAAUGGAUAAUGUAGAAAGUAUGAUAAGGACGGACGUGGAGAUUCCAUCGGAAUAAUCCGUUCGUAGAUAAAAAUGACGGAAAUGCAGCCUAAAAUGUGUGUAUCGACGUUCAAAUGGUCCCUCCGUCGUAAACGUCGGCGAUUGGUUAGGCCGCAUGCGCAAGUCAAUUCCUAGUAGCGCGGCUGGCUCAGCCAAUAAGGCGAAAGUCUUAACGCCAUCGUUAACCAAUGAAAGAGUUGUUUGGUGACGACGAUACUAUUUAUAGCGCGAUGAGUCAUAGGAUACAAGGUAGUCGCUUUAGUUGGGUUUUCACAAGUUGCCAUAGACAUAGCGUGGUACGGGGAUAACACUUUGUGUAGUGUCAGUUGCGCGCACACGCUUCGUAUCUUUUAGUUAGAUCGUACUAUAGCUGUGACACGUGCGUACGCGUAGGUGUUGCCCGUUUUUCUUUCGACGUGUUGAAAACGUCGUGCAUUUGCUUUCGCACCCUCGCACACGUUAAGAAUGACUCAUUAUUGUGCGCUACGUUCUUUCGAUCAGCUUUAGCUUGUCAACGGAGGGAAGGAAAAUAUAAGAACGAAGGAAAAAGGGAGAGAGAGAGAGAGAGAGAGAGAGAGAAAAGAGAGGGGGCAGAGAGAGAGGGAGAGAGAGAGAGAGAGAGAGAGAGAGACAGAGAUGCAUCCACAAUCCACGCCCCACAGUGACGUAUGAAAGAGUGGGGGUAAAGCGAGUACCGAAGAAAACAUCGAAGAUAACGCGCGUAUGCGGAAUUGGAAUGAAUAUUGCAUUCGAUAUUUAUAAUAAGCAAGUAUGUAAGAUAUUGUAUACGCACGAUACACAUGCGUCGUCGGAUUAAAAGGGAAAAGUCGAGUUUGGAUGCCGUUGUAAAGUUAUGUAACUCUGCCCUUGCGUCAGAAUAUAGGGAAUCGUAAUAUUUAGAAAAAUUUCAACGCUCUACACGGAUCUUACGAACAUUCUUUUUUUCUUGAACCGGAUCUAGACGAUUCUGUUCCUUACGACGUAAAAACAUCGAACGAAAGACGCGCUUUGAAUUCGUGAUUCACCGAAGUGUCGAGCGAGCGUGUAGGAAAAGUGAGAGUAAGAGAGAAAGAGAAAGAGAAAAAACAGAUACUGCACAGAAAAGAGAGAGGGAAGACAACGAGAGAUAGAGCACGCGUAUAUGCUCGAAAGAGCGAGAGAGAAAAAAAAGACGACCUUCGGAGUUGCCAUCAAAGAAAGACCAUUCUCCACCGUAUCGAUGGUACGAAAUUUAACAAUGGAUCAGGUAUUUAAUGAGGACACGACAGGCUCUUAUGGAGUCAUAAAUCGUGACAAUAACAUGGGUCUACGUAAACGUAAUCUUACGUUGGAUUUAAACAAUUGUCAGAGACAAGAGUCACAAGUUAAAAGACCAAGAUUGGGCCCGUUAUCGACGACUUUAAAUAUUGCUCCGAUUUUGAGUUCGCCAGACUUGAAUAUGCUCAAACUGGGAUCGCCGGAAUUGGAGAAGUUGAUAAUCGAACAACAGGAUGGCAAUGGCGCCGACACCGAGGGCGUCGUCACGUCCUUGCCAACGCCAACGGCGCAAAUACUUUUUCCAAAAACCGUGACAGAAGCUCAAGAACUUUAUGCUCGAGGUUUCGUAGAUGCCUUAAACGAGCUACAUCACUCGGAUAGCUCCCAAGAACCUGGUAGCUUGCACGGAGUUACUUACACGACUUUGGAGCCACCCGGUAGCGUGCAAAGCAUCGGAACGGAGUCCUCGGUGAGUCAGGGUCUCAUGCAAAUAAAGGACGAACCGCAAACGGUACCUAGCGUUUCAAGCUCGCCGCCUAUGUCACCGAUAGACAUGGAAAAUCAAGAAAGGAUCAAACUCGAAAGGAAGAGGCAACGAAAUCGCGUGGCCGCUUCCAAGUGUCGCAGGCGCAAACUCGAACGUAUUUCCAGGCUGGAGGACAAGGUCAAAGUUCUCAAGGGCGAGAACAGCGAAUUGAGCGCGGUCGUACACAAACUGAGGGAACACGUUUGUCGACUUAAGGAACAGGUGAUGGAUCACGUUCAUUACGGCUGUCAAAUCAUGACAGUUUCGGAACAAUUUUAAAAAGAGGAUGUGUUUGUAUAGAAAUCGAUGCAAUAUAUAUAUAUAUAUAUAUAUAUAUAUAUAUAUAUAUAUGCAAGAAAUGAGAAAAAUUGCGUGCUUAUAUAUAAUUAUUUUCAAAGCUGAGAAAUAAUCAUGUGUUGCGAUCAUUUUUUAAAGAAACAAAGAAAAGAGAGAGUCGCGCUCGGGAAUUUUCCCCCUUUGAUCUUUAUUAAUAUUGCAUUUAUAGUCUGUUUGCUUAUGCGAAUGUUUAAAUGAUUCAUUUAAAUAAUAUAUAUAAAUAUAUAUAUAUACACACACACAUAUAUAUAUAUUAUAAGCGUAAUUAUAUAUAAUGAGUGUAAAUUUUUAUACGCCUAAAUACGAUGUGCUUAAUAAGAAGCAACGAGACUUCCGAUACCUCAUAAAGAUUUAUAUUUUUGCGACUUAAGAAACUUUUACAAUUGUAGUCCAGAGAAAGUGAGAAGAAAGGAAUUCGAGGUCUUUUGUCUUGCUAAUGCGUGCCAUUAUAUACAGUGUGCCUUCUAUGCAUAUUAUUCUUGCAUAGUAAAGGGAUGAGAUUUCAAGACUGUUCAUUCGUGCUUUUUUAAUAUUUUCUGGAGUAUGUUACAUGCCUAAUAAUACUAUUAUAGAUAACGAUAUUUUAAAGCUUGAAAAUCAUCGACGAUGUGAACACUUAAUCAAAUAAUAAAUAUAUUAAUUAUACAUCAAUUAAAUUUAGAGAACAAGAAAAAAACAAAAAAGAAAAAAAAUGAUGCUACUAUAAACGAUGAAAGUAACAAAUUAAUUGUGAUUUAGUCAAUAAGCUAAAAUCCCAAUGUCCAAGUUGGGACAUAGAAGUAUGGUGCUGAAGCGACAAGAGCGUUUGCAACAAAACGAUAAUAAAUAAAUAUAGCUAUCGAAAUAUAUUAUAUGAAUAUUCAAUAAUAUAUAUAUAUAUAUAGAUAAAUAUAUAUAUGCUAGAUGUAUAUAACUUUAAUAGAAAACCUUUUAUCUAACGUAAAUACAGACGCAUACAAUGCAAAAUGGAAAGAUUUUUUACGAAUGAUUUUAUUUUUUAACGAAGUACGAUAAAAAUAUACUUUUUCUCUCUCUCUCUCUCUUUCUCUCUCUCUUUGUAUUAAAGUUCAAAAAAAUCAAAAAUCAAAAAAAGAAAAAAAGAAAAAACAAAAGAUUAUAUAUUUAUUAUUAUAGAUCACCAAUCUCCCUAAUAAUUUCACGUUUUUUUUUCCCCUGCUAUACGAACCACAGAGUAUAGUGUCCGUCUUGUGAAGUUUUGUUUACGAAAGGGUAAAAAACAAGAUUUCCUUGCUACAAAUCUUCUUAGUUGUCACGAAUUUUGGAAGUCGGCCAAACACCACCGGCUUCUCUUUACGUUCGUUGAUUUCUUAAUCCGGCAUCGCUCCCCUCCCUUCGUCCUUCUACUCUGUUCCCUUGCCUCCUCCUCCCCCAACCUCCUGCACCACUCCCUCUUUCGUCCUCUCAAUACUUCGCAGUGGAUUUCGAAACGACCGGUUCUUCCACGAAUCCACGCUGGCUUUUGGGACGACGAAAAUAAAGCGAAGCAGGCACAGCAUGUGCGAUAUCUUCGCAAACUUUACGGUUCUCUCUCUCUCUCUUUCUCUCUCUCUCUUUCUCUCUCUCUCUCUCUCUCUCUCUCUCUCUCUUUCUCUCUCUAUCUGAAAGUAGAAACAUACGAAAAUGGUCGUGUCGUUUCCACUAAUUGUAAGAGAGUUUUAGAUUAUUCGAAAUUUCUAAGUUGUGACGAACUCAAUCGCGUAUAGGUUGAUAUAAGUGAUAAUUAUGUCGAAAUAUAUAUAUAUAUAUAAAUAAGAUCUAAUCGUUUCUUAUAUAUAUAUAUUUAUUAUGGUAUAUAAAAAUAAAAAUUCGGAUACUAAUGAAAA